CUGCCCAGCCUGCGAGCCUUCGGGAGCGAGAGCCCAGCGUUCCUCCGAGCCCAGCGAGCCUCCAGCCGACACCAUGGUGCAGUGGACAGCCGAGGAGAAGCAGCUCAUCACCGGCCUCUGGGGCAAGGUCAACGUGGCCGAGUGCGGCGGCGAGGCCCUGGCCAGGCUGCUGAUCGUCUACCCCUGGACCCAGAGGUUCUUCUCCUCCUUCGGGAACCUGUCCAGCGCCACGGCCGUCCUGGGCAACCCCAAGGUGCAGGCCCACGGCAAGAAGGUGCUGACCUCCUUCGGGGAGGCCGUCAAGAACCUGGACAGCAUCAAGGGCACCUUCGCCCAGCUGUCCGAGCUGCACUGCGACAAGCUGCACGUGGACCCCGAGAACUUCAGGCUCCUGGGUGACAUCCUGGUCGUGGUCCUGGCCGCCCACUUCGGCAAGGACUUCACUCCCGACUGCCAGGCCGCCUGGCAGAAGCUGGUGCGAGUGGUGGCCCACGCGCUGGCCCGCAAGGACCCCCCC